CGAAAGUGAUGAUCGAUAGGUGGUCAGUUGGAACAUUUUCGUGGUCAAAAGUAGAAAUGACUGAGUGCAUAAGGCUAUUUUAUCCUGUAGUAUUUGAUGAAUAUUCAUCCGAAAGAAACACAGACGUUUCACAUGUUCAUACUGUGUUUACAAACAUUUUGACUAUUUUAAUACCUGGAUUUUUGGAGGUGUUAUUUAUAGCACCAGGCAUGGCUGGCUCCCCUAAGUGUGAUCCAGAGCAUUUUAUCACUGAAGCACAAGUACGGGAAAUAUCGAAGUCAGUCUUUAUGGGACUUUGUCGAGUAGUUGGAACUACACAAGUUAUUACCAUGAGGAGGGAUAUGAUGGACGUCUUUGAGAUGGUGUACAAUCAUUUAAGAACUAGAAAAAAGCCGUUUAUCCGUUAUAGUGGAAGCGAAAGCGAGGGGUUUAGGUUGAAGGGAUCAGACAUGGAUACCAUGUUUUGGCCUGGUGAUCAUACUGUCGUCUGGAAUUUAAGUCAGUCUCAAUAUUACCAUAGACGAACCGUUCUUCUCGCAGACUGUACAGAUAGUCCACCGGGGUAUGCUUUACUCCAGUUAUUGACUCCCACAGUCGAGAAGAAAAUAGAAUCAUCAUUGCUGAGAAUAAACAACGAAAGGUACUUGUCUAGUUCUAAAUACAGAGUAAAUAUGUGUUCAGAGGUGGUUCCGAAUUCAACACAGCACGGGCCUUGUGGCAGUGGUAAAAGAUUUGGAAUAGAAAUUGACUGCGCCCAUUGUUUCGGUUGUAUUUUUUGGCCCCCAUCUGCUUCAUUGUGGAUAAACAGAUGUCAUUCAUGGCCUCCGCCUCAUAUAAUUCAUGACAUUGUUAGCCAGGGAUGUCAUUUCGCAGCAAUUGGACACAAAUUAGGAAAUCAUGAACAUAAUGAAUGGAGAAUUUCUUUUUCUCUUGCCGAAAGAAAACUUGUGUAUUCGAUGAAUCACUGUCAAUUUCUAACUUAUGGGUUGCUUAAACUUUUCUUAAAAGAAGUCAUUAACAGAGGAUUAAGUGAUGAGGAAAAGUUGUUGUGUUCCUAUCACAUAAAGACAGCGGUUUUCUGGACGAUUCAGCAAAAUACAAUACCUUACUGGUGUCCACAAAAUCUCCUGGAGUGUUUUUUGUUAUGCUUUAAAUUCAUCCUGAAAUGGGUAUAUGAAGGAGUUUGUCCAAACUUUUUCAUUCCGCAAAACAACAUGUUUCUAGGAAAGAUCCAAGGUUCUGCACAGUUUUAUUUAUUUAAUGCAUUAUAUGCAUUGUACGAUCAGGGAUACGCAUGCCUGCUACAUUGUGCCUCCAUUAAGUCAAAUUUCUUGAAUGUGCUUUACAAUCCAAGUGUCUUCAUUCGUACAGAUCAGCGGAGCCUCAUCUCCGAGACUGAGUUUGAUUGUCAGAUUUCUGGAGAGAUGUAUAAUUUAGACUCGAUUAUCAUUACAGACCCAAAGAUAUGUAUGAAGUACAUGCGUCUUGUAGAACAAUUGCUUCACUUACCCUUAACAAAAUAUCACUUCCUAAUGUUACAAAAACUAACGGCCUCCGUUCUUCAAAGAACUGCCUUUAUAUUGCACAACACGUUCUCUACAAGGGACAACAAACAGAAAUAUAUUAUUAACAAAUUGUCUCGUCAAAUGUUGAAAUUGGCAGCACAGAUUGGAUGUACGUCGGACCUGUUGUACAUUGCAUUGUUUUAUUACAAAACCAAGAGAUAUGUUGAAGCUUUGGCGGUGUUGCGAAUGACAAAGACUAAAUUUUCUCAGCCAUAUCUAGCGUACACGUACGCCGAGUCUGACAGGUAUGAGGAAGCUGUAGGGGGACAAUCCUGGUCCAAAAAGUUCAGAAGGUGUGUGGCACAAAACAUUAAACUGUAUAAUGGCAUAUCGUACAUCUAUGAACUCAACAAAGAACAAGAUACAAGUCACGGGAGCUCUCAGAUGAGACACCCCUUCUUGAUCAUUCCACCGUUUGUAUUUUUACAGAUGCUGGAGGUCUUGUGCUGUCGGCCUGUUGAUGCCUUCAGCACAAAGCAAGCGUUAGAAGAGUUACAUUCCUUACUUUGUAAGAAUGAUCCAUUGGCCGUACCUGUGAUGUUUAGGGAUAUAUCCUGGCAGAUCCUUGGUAUAUGUCAACAGGAGACAGGGAAUUACCAGGAAGCCCUGAAUUCAUUCCAGCAAUCCAUUAAGGAGUAUCCAUAUCAUGGGAUCCGACAACCCACGUGUGAGAGAAUUCUGAAACUCUUGCCAUACACAUUACGGCCAGGAGACCAAUUAUAGCGAUGUAUUCAAUGACAAUUUAAUGUGUGUUAGAAGACUUUGUUUAGUUCUGAUAGUAUAGUAAUGUUUAAAAUAAUUAAAACUUAUAUCAGUAUGUUAGCAAUGGUUUGUAAUCCUCUAUAAACAUCUCAACUGAGACACACAUGGAAUAUCGUCCAGUUUCUAAUGAAUUUUUAAACCCCAUUAUUGCAAAUGAAAAUUGAAGUGGAUCGAGCUUAUUAGGCAUUAGUAAGAGCAGUCUUUAAAUUUGCAAAUCUCAUGUGUUAAACUGCUAUACCAAUAUUGUACGAGGGCUAAUCAAAAAGAUCGCGAUCUAUCUCUUUAUUUACAAAACCACUAUUCAGGUCAGAGUAAAUAUGGCACAAAUAUAGUCAUAAAGAUGUCCUAUAAAUAGCAGAUGCUACGUAACGUUUGUUUCAUUUUUGUGACAUCACAAUGUAAAAAUGACGUCAAUACGUAGAUGACUUCUGACACGAAAUGGAUGACUCAUUCGUACUAAAGCAACGAAAGGCUGCAAUGAUGUAAUGUAUAUCUUGGAAAUUCCUUUGCAGUAGCAUAUGAUUUGUACAGGUUUAUGAACUCAAAAGAUUUGCCAGAGGUUAAAUCAUUAAUUGGAUUGAUUGGUUUAGUGAUGGAAGGUAUCAAAUUCCUAAAAUAGCGUUUCCUUUUAACAUGUCAGUUUUGAUAAAAAGAAGGGGUCCAUACUUUAUCCACAAUGAAAAGAAUCACGUACCCAAGAAAGAGCAGUCGGGUAAUAAUGGUCACCAUGCUCAUUCUGUGAAAAGACAUCCAAAUCCACCUAUCCUGUUGCCAAGAUGUGGUAGUUUAUGACGAAUAGACUAUUCUUGUUUUAUGAGAUAACUGAAACAGGUAAGAAAUAUAUUAGUAAACUCUUUUAGCUUCUAUGACAGAACGCUACGGAGCAUAAUUUGACGGCCUGGAUCUUGUUACUGGGGC